UAUACAGUUUAAAGCAGAUUAAAAAAAAAUGCCCACCUUGAAUUUGUUCACCAAUGUCCCAGUUGAUGCCGUCGUUGCUUCUGAUAUUCUCAAAGAUGCCACCAAAGCUGUUGCAAAGAUCCUCAGCAAACCUGAAUCCUACGUGAUGAUACUGGUGAACGGAGGGGUGCCGAUUUCGUUCGGUGGAACCGAAGAGCCUUCUGCUUAUGGUGAAUUAAUCUCCAUCGGAGCGUUGGGUCCAAGCGCUAACGCCAAACUUAGUGCAACUAUUGCAGAGAUUCUGCAGACCAAGCUUUCUAUCGACAGCUCUCGGUUUUACAUCAAGUUUUACGAUGUUCAGCGCCCGUUCUUUGGCUUCAACGGCUCGACUUUUUGAUUAGAGCAGGAUUUACUACUGCACUCAUGCAAUGGGUUGAUAAUUGAAAAGCUCAUGCUUUAGUUUGAAUUGCACUGAGUAAACUACCAUUUCUGAGACUUGGUCAGGGGUUUGUAUUUAUAUUAUAUUAAUAUUUAAUACCAUGUUUAAUUAUUUAUUUGUUUCAUUAUGAAAUAUUUAGUUUUAUUUUAUUUUUUAUUUUUGGAAAUUCAAUAAGGAUUAUGGGAUUUGUCACUA